UUUUCUGCUUAGCUUGAGAGAUAACACUGUUUACUCAGCUACCAGGUAUUUCCUAUAACCUGCCAGGUUCCACCUCCUGUUUCUGCUGGGUACCACUAGCCUCCACCCCUACCCUACCAGACUCUGCGCCUUUUUACCCUACUGAGGUGUUAGAGACCUUGUGUUGUGCUCAGUUGUAUGCCAUGUCUCUAGAAUACCUUGUUAUGGUGUCCAGAAUUGUGUCUCUUGUUCUUUCAAGCUCUUAUGAGGUGGGGUUCGAGACAAUAAGAUAAGCAAGUGGCUAGUUCAAUGGAAGCAUGAGAGUUCUGAGUUAUUUUCCUGCACAUCUAAAUUAACUCUGUACUUCUAAUUAAGAUACCCCCGGCUCACCCCACAAAACCAGGAUUCUAUGGCUGUUGGCAGGAACAUUUUUGCCAAGUUCUCUGCGUACAUCAAGAACCCCCACAAGGAAGCAAACAAAAAUAUGGAAAAGGCUUUGUUGAGAGAAUUCAAGCGCCUGGAUGAUUAUUUAAGCACCCCACUCCCAGAGGAAAUUGACCAAGAUUGUGCAGAAGAUGUGCUGGUCUCCAAGAGAAAGUUCCUAGAUGGGAAUUGGAUGACAUUAGCUGAUUGCAACCUGCUCCCCAAACUCCACAUAAUCAAGAUCGCUGCAAAAAAGUACUGCAACUUUGAGAUCCCCUUGGAGAUGACAGCAGUUUGGCGCUAUCUUCACAAUGCCUAUGCCCGCGAUGAGUUCAGUCACACCUGCCCAGCUGAUGAGGAGAUCGAACGCACCUAUGCCACUGUGGCAAGAGAUGAGCUAAGAGCCAUAUUCCAUUCGUGUUGGCUCCUGGCAUUUCAACUCUCCCUUCUCGAGAGGCUCUCGUCACUGAUUGGCCAGCUGGGACCCCGGAGAGCUCCCACUGCUGCUGCCGCCACUAGCGCCCUUGACCAAGCUCAUAGCGACGCUCUUCGGCAGGGAGGCAUCUGGGUGGCUUCAGCGGCAAGCGCAGGUCGCCCACCUGGCACCCCCAGAAUUCGGUGCCAGGGUGCCUUGCACCCCCAGGUAAAGACGGCCCUGGGUGGAGGACAGAAUUAG